GUGUGGUGAGGACGGUGGUGGUGCUGGACCGGGAGGCGGCGCGUGGCUACUGGUUGACUGUGGUGGUGGGCGACGGCGGUGCUGUGCCUCUUACCGACACUUGUCAUGUGUACGUGGAGGUGGAGGACGUGAACGACCACAUCCCCCAGACGGAGGAACCGUCGUAUCACACGUACGUGGCUGAGAACUCCCCGCCCGACACCUCAGUCAUCACCCUUAAGGCCAUGGACGGGGACCUGGCGCCCUCUAACCUCUCGCUCGCCAUCACAAAGGGCAACAAGCUCGCUCACUUCAAGAUUAACCCCCACACAGGUGUUGUAAGCACACUAUGGCCGCUGGACCGGGAGGAACAGGCAGAGUACGAGCUAUGGGUGACGGUGAGUGACGGGCAGCUCUCCUCCGUCACGCCUGUCUUCAUCACCGUCAGUGACGUCAAUGACAACGCCCCAGAGUUCGUGGAGGGACUUUACCGCGUCACCGUCCCCGCCCGGAGCAAGACCAGGAAGCGGGAGGCCAUGUUCAGGCCCGACCCUGUGGACGAUGGUAGUGAGUCGGUAUGGGCGUGGGGAGACUGGGUGUCCUUCACGCCCACACAGAUCACCGCCCACGACGACGCCUUGUUCAGGGUGUUCGCCAGGGACGCAGACGCUGGCAUGAACGGCGACAUCGACUACAGCAUCAAGUCGGGCAAGGGCAAGAAAGGUCGCUUCAAGAUCCACCCAAAAACUGGUCAAGUGUACACCAAUAAGGCCUUCACACAUGACAUGAUCUUCAACCUCAUGAUCCAGGCCCAAGACAACGGACGUCCACAGAUGAGCGCCACAACGAGGGUGUUGGUGCGUGUUGCAGACGUCCCCGAGACCUCCGACCAUCCGCCCGUCCUGCCCACGCCCGCUCCCGCCCAUGUUAUGGAGACGGACCCACCUGGCCACGUAGUGUCGUUUGUCACAGCCCACGAUCCAGACAACGACACCUUGUGGUACUACAUUACAGAGGGGGACGAGAGCGGGAGGUUCAGCAUGGGUGUGGACACUGGCCUGGUGAGUCUGGCCCGUCGCCUCGACCAUGAAGACCAGUACCACUACACGCUGACCGUUGCUGCCACCGAUGGCGUCCAUACCACUACUGCCAAGCUGGUUGUGGAGGUGAUGGACGCCAACGACCACCGGCCAGUGUUCAGUGCCAGGGUGUACGAGGCCAGCGUCAGCGAGGCCGUCGCUCCUGGCACUACCGUCCUUGCCCUCCAGUGUCGUGACAUGGACCAGUCUCCUUCCACCGCCUCCGCCGUCUACUUCUCCCUCCACCACGCCCAGUCCCUCGCCUCCCACGGCCUCUUCACUAUCGACUCCACCGUCGGGGACCUCAUCGUUGCCGAGCCCCUCGACAGGGAGGUGACAGGGGUGCACGAACUGACGGUGAGCUGUCGGGACAGAGGGAGGAGAGAGAACGCCGACUUCGCCCGAGUGUUGGUGACUGUCACUGACCACAAUGACCACGACCCUGCCUUCCUGGAGACCAUGAUCGUUGCCAAGGUGAGCACUGGAUCGGCCGCGGGAACUGCGGUCACGCGCGUGUUGGCACUCGACCACGAUAAGGGCGACAACGGCAGACUCUCCUACUCCAUCGACGAGGGUAACGCUGGUGGCAUCUUCAGCGUAGAUUCGUCUUUAGGUGUGAUCAGCCUAACGAGGCCCCUCAUAGACUCAGAACCCUCAGAAUAUCUGCUGCUGGUACGGGCCAUGGACCAUGGCAGCCAGGCCCGCGCCGCCUCCGUUCCUGUCAGGGUUAUUGUCACAUCGUCGCCCCAAGCCCCGCCCUCCUGGCAAAGGGAGGAUACGUCCCAGGUGGUCGAGGUGGGUGAAUGGUUGGUUGUGGGGUCAGCCGUGGCGCGCCUCACAGCCUCCUCGCCCUCCUCCCUCCACUACACUCUGACAGGUGGCAACGACGAGGGCGUGUUCAUGGUAAGCCCUGCCUCGGGUGUGGUCAGCUUGGCGGCUCCAUUGGACUACGAGGCCGCAGCUUGGUACAAUCUUACUGUCACCGCCACCAACCUGGCCGGGGUAUCCCGCAGUACAUGGCUAGGGGUGACGGUGCUAGACGAGAACGACUGGUGGCCGGAGUGGGACCGUCUGGUCUACCAGGGCACUGUCCUUCAGACCGCCACCAUACAUGCUCCCGUCUUGGCCGCCCACGCCCACGACCCCGCUCCUCUCACCGUGACCGCCCACGACCGUGACCAAGGCUACAACGGCCGGGUCACUUACACCAUCGUCGAGAAGGAUAUUCUCAAGUAUUUUUCUAUCGACCAAUUCACAGGAGCUGUGUGGGUGUCGGGGCGCCUUGACGAGGUGACAGGUAAGACUUUGGAGUUCAAUGUGUGGGCCAGUGACGGCGGUGACCCCCGGCGGGAGUGUGUCGCUCCUGCUCCGGUGGUUGUCACUGUCAGAAGUGUCAAGAUUGAGCCUUUAGCUUUCUCACAGCCUCACUACAGCGCUGGCCUCUACCUGCCCACCUUCCCUGGCGUGAGGGUGUUGUGUUUGGCCCAGAUGGAGGAAGUACAACAUAACGGAGAGACUGACUGGUCCCACAUUAAGUAUUCCAUAGUCGAUGGGGAUGAAACUAAACGAUUUGGGUUUGACAGUGAAAGCAGGUGUUUAUGUGUACGUGAUCAGUUGAAUCUAAAGACCCACUACAACCUGACGCUGAAGGCCACAGAUGGAUCCAUGACAUCGACAGCUACAGCUGAGGUAAUAGUGCAAGACGCCCCCCUGUCCACGCUGGUGUUCACACAAAACGAGUAUUGGGCCAAUGUCUUCGAGAACUCCACGAAAGAAAUAAAUGUGGUGUCCCUGGGCGUGAGGGGCCUCUCGCUGAACCACCACAUUCACUACUCUAUCCUCAACCCUACCGAGAACUUCGAGAUACGCCCCACUGCCGGGGUCAUCAAGACUACAGGGAAGCCUUUCGACCGCGAGGCCAAGGACCACUACACACUGGUUGUCCAGGCGAGUGAUGAGGAGGAAAUAGGAAACGUGGCGCACGUCUUGGUACGCGUCGCCGUGAUGGAUGUCAAUGACAACGAGCCAGUGUUCCUCAACCAGCCUUACUACGCUCUCGUCUCCACCAGUGCUCCCCGGGGACAUGUCGUCACCAAGGUGCGAGCAAUAGACGCCGACGCUGGUGAGUUUGGUAGUGUGAGGUACGAGUUGGUGCGCGGUAGUGGGGAGCUCUUCUCUGUCAACAAGAAGACAGGUGAGAUCUCUCUGAAGCAGUCGCUUAUGGUGGCCGACAAAACCUACAGUCUCACCGUCGCCGCCUACGAUGGGGGAAAGCAGCCGCUUAGCUCCCAGGCUCACGUUUUAAUACGGGUGGUAUCAGCCGAGGGCCCAAUGUUCACCUCCGCCCGCUAUUUUGGGACCGUGCCUGAGGACGCGCCCCAGGGGACACCCGUCACCAGGGUGGAAGCCGCUAGUCCCUCCGGAGAACCAAUUAUGUACACCAUCGUUGCUGGCAACAUCAACGAGGAGUUUGCCCUCGACUACUCCACAGGUGACAAGGCUGUGGAAUCUUCUUGUGUGAUCCAGACCACAGCCUCACUGGACUACGAGGCCGCUCAUGCCCACAACCUGACGGUGCGGGCGAGGGAUCCCGUGACGGGCGGCCACACAGACGCGCAUAUCACCGUCACCGUCACAGAUGUCAACGACAACCCCCCAGAGUUCACGAGCCACGUGUUCAAGGGCAGUGUAUCGGAGGCCGCCCCGCCUGGCCAAGCCAUCGUCCAGGUGUCAGCGACUGACGUGGACACGGGCACGGGCGGUGUGGUGAUGUACUCCUGUAGAUCCGGGUGUGAGGUGUUCGACGUGCGAGGCGAGGACGGCCUGGUGACGCUAACGGGACAACUGGAUGCGGAGACGCAGCCACAGCACCACCUUACUGUGGUGGCCACGGAUGCUGGCCUACCACAGCUCUCAUCUACCGCUACAGUCAUUGUUAACGUGGUGGACUUUAACGACAACCCUCCCGCCUGGCGUCAGGACAGCUACUCCUGCCGAGUGUCCGCUGAAGCACAGCCAGGUCAUGUUGUGUCCGCCAUGUCCGCCCAUGACCCAGACACUGGCCAGGUCACGCCUCUCCACUACGCCAUACACUCAGGUGAUAGAGAAGGAAUCUUCAAGAUGGACUCAAUCACAGGGCUGCUGACGGUGACGGCUCCGCACAAGCUGGAGAAUGUUACCUCCUUGAACCUCAACAUGUCUGUGAGCGACGGUGUGCACGUCGCCUUCACUGGGCUUCACCUGGCCGUCGUGCCCUCCAAUCAUCACACACCAAGGUUCCUGCGAACUCUGUAUGAGGGGCGCGUGGACGAGAACUCAGCCCCGGGCCAGCUGGUCCUCACCCUUCAGGCCCAAGACCCCGACGCGGGAGGCUUUGGGGCCCUUCAGUAUCACAUUCUCCAUCAGACGACGGAGGGCACUUUCAAGAUAGAUAAAGAGGGUAACAUAUACACGGAGAGCCCACUGGACCGCGAGGCCACCAGCUUGCAUAACUUAAGGGUGUCGGUGACGGACGAGGGUGGGCGAGCCAACUUCGUGGUGGUGCGUGUGUCCGUCCGUGAUAAGAACGACAACGCUCCCCAGUUCACGCUGCCAGAGUACCAGGCCAACAUCAACACCGACGUGGCCCCCGGCACUACCAUACUGAAGGUUGAGGCGAGCGACGCAGACGAGGGCUUGAACAGCGAGGUGCAGUACCACAUGUACGAGGCCAACAGCUCCGAGGCCCUCACACUUUUCAAGGUUGACCCAUCCUCUGGUCAGGUCACCCUCGCCCUCAGUGCCCAAGGUCGAGAGAACGAGGUGUACCAGUUCUUCAUCCGCGGUGAGGAUCGUGGGUCUCCACGCCACCACAGUGACGUGCCCGUCACCAUCUUCCUCCUGUCCACAAAUGAUCGAUCUCCAUACUGUGCCAGACAGUAUGCCCAGUUCUUUCUCACUGAAGACGCCCCAGUUGGUACUGUAAUAACGUCAUUGUGGAUGGAGGGGCCGCAGACGGUGCAGUACUCCAUCCUGGCAGACGAAGCAACAGAGAGACAGGUGGAGGUCACGGGGGGCUCCCACCAGAUUUCUGGAGCUUUUGCUGUGACACCGACUGGGCUGGUUGUGGUGCGACGCGCCCUGGACCAUGAGCGGCGACGCAUCCACCGCAUCACGGUCACCAACCACACGCUCUCCACACCCCCAGCUCUUGACUAUAUGACCAUCUCUGUUGUGGUGAUGGACGUGAACGACUGCUCGCCAAGGUUCUCGUCGACGACCUACGAGGCAAUAGCUGCAGAGAACAGCGAGGUGGGCGCCGUCAUCACCAUCCUUAUGGCUACCGAUGACGAUGAUGGCAACAAUGGUCAGGUCCAGUACAGUCUCAGUUCCGGUGAAGAUGUCACUGUGAGGUCAACAUUCCGUAUUGACCCACACUCGGGGGCAGUGACCCUAGCGGCUCCACUAGACAGGGAGUCCAUGGCUAGGUACUCCUUCACCGUAGUGGCUACCGACGGGGGCCCCAAGCCACUCUCCACCUCGGCAAGGGUCACCGUGUUAGUCAAGGACUACAACGACAACCCGCCAGUGUUCACCAGAGAUACCUACGUCACUGCCGUGCCCGAGGACACGGGGACGGGCACGGCGGUGGUGGAGCUGAGUGUGGUGGACGCUGACGAGACGCCCUCCCAGCUGGACUACUUCGUUACUGGCGGUGACUCCGACGGUCAUUUUCUCGUCCACACUUCUGGACAGGUGUAUGUGGCCGCGGCUCUGGACCGGGAGAGACAGGCGGAGUACACCCUCACUGUCACCGCCACCGACGGCAAGUUUACCGCUAACACCACCGUCACCGUCACCGUCAUAGACGUCAACGACAACGGACCAGUGUGUAAGGAGCCAGUGUACAGGCGCGAGGUGUCUGAAGGCGUGGCGCUGGGCACACACGUGGCCUCAGUCGUGGCCUGGGACGCUGACGAAGGUACAGCAGCACGCAGCAGAUACACGCUCACUGGCGACGGUGCUCAACACUUCAGCAUCGACCAGCUAAGUGGACACGUCGCCACAGCCGUCCAGCUGGACCGAGAGAACAGAGACUACUACUACCUCACGGUUCCUCAGCCCCUGUCCCUGUACAUGUUUCAUAAAGGUCGCAUGUCAACACUGCACCUGCCUCUCCAACUAACUGAAACAGCUAUUGAGAUCAACGAGCACCUCACGACGCUUCGAGUUCCUCUGAAUCACUCACGUCAUGUCUUUUUCAUCAGUGCAUAUACCUCAACACUGGAUGAAGAGGGUGACAUCAAGGAGGCCUUUUAUGCUGACUUCGACGGCAUGCUAUCUCUAUCACCAAAGAAGACAAGAUUGUGCUCCAUGGGCAUCAUUGAUAAGCAUGAGAAAUCAGAGCGGUCCCGUCUUGGUGCCUAUGGGACGCCACAGGACUCCGGCAAUCCUGAGAUGUUUCGUCGCCUCUAUGUCAUCCAUACAUAA